CCGCACAAGCCCGAACUUGUCCGGGGCGGGGCGGGGGGCGGUGACGUCACGCGCGGGCGGUGACGUCACGCGUGGGCGUGGCCAGCCCGAGCCGGUGCCGCCGGUGCCGAACGCGCCCGUCCCGAGCGGUUCAUGCGGCUGCCAGCCCCCCCGGGUGAGCGAUGGCCAGACCGCUGCGGGAAGGGACCCUCGGGGAGCCCCCAGCCCCCCUCCCCUCACACCCCGCCUGCGGGGGGGGCGGGGGGGGCGCGGCCACGCACGGGACCCCCCCCCAAAGAGGGACGGACCCCCCCAGAACGAGGCUGAGCUGCGGCAGAGCCGGGGAGACCCCCGGGACCCCCCCCAAUUUGGGGGUUUAUGGGUGGGGGCAGCAAGGUGACUUUGGCCCCUCAGAGGACGCAGGAGAGGAGGGGACCCCCCAAUUUGGGGAGGGGGCUGCCCCCAACGGGCACCUGCCCCCCCCUGGCCCCGAGCAGAUUUUGGGGGCGCGUUUGAGGGUCCUGGGGGACGCCUUCCAAAACAGCCACGAGAGACAGCGCCGAGCCCGGGGCCUGUUCUGGGGGCCGCUCUUCCGCUGGUUGGGGGCGGGGCCUGCGGCGCCCCUCACGGCCAGAGGGGGGAACUGAUCCCAAAAAAACACCUGGAAAACACCUGGAAAACACCUGGAAAACACCUGGAAGAUCCCAGAAACUUCUGGAAACAUCCGGAAACACCCCCUGGGAUGAGCAAAAGGAUUGGGGGGAAAGUGGGGGGUCAAAAUGAGGAUGAAGCACAAAAUCCCCCCCCCCCCCCCUUUUUUUUUUUGAGUUGGUUUAGUCCAGUCUGGGAUUUAUUUAUUUAUUUAUUUAUUUGGGGAGGGGGCUUUAAAUGGGGGAGGGGCUUAAAUUAAUUAGGGGGAGGGGCUUAAAAUUAAUUAGUGGGAGGGGCUUAAAAUUAAUUAGAGGGAGGGGCUUAAAAUUAGAGGAGGGGGGUCCCCAAAAUUGGGUUGAAUCAGCCCAAAAUUGGGGCAGAAAAGGGGGAAAAAAAACCUCCAAAAAAAUGUCUGUAAAUGCUGUAAAUUAAGGGGGGGGGGUUUGAGGUGAGACCCCUCCCCAAAUUAAUGCUGGGGAGGGGUCAGGACCACCCCCCAAAUUCUUUUUAGAGGGGGGAGAACCCCCAAAUUUCCCCAAAUUUCGCCCCCUCCCCUGGUUUUGGGGAUGUGUAAAUUCUGUAUAAUGGGAUGUAAAUGGGGUGAAUUUGAGGAGGGGGCUGUUUUUAAUUUGGGGAGGGGGCUGUAAAAAAAAAUCGGGGAAAUUUUUGGGGACCCCCCCACCCAAAAAUUUUGGGGGGAAACCCCUCUCCCCAAAAUCUGUACAUGCUGUAUAUGGGCUGUACAUUGUAUAUAGGUUUGUACAUUGAAUUUUUUGGGGGUGGUGGGGAGGGGUCUGUACAGAUUUUAAUUUGGGGAGGGGUCUGUACAUUUUGGGGAGGGGUCUGUACAUUUUUUUGGGGGGUCUGUACAUGAAUUUUUGGGGGGGAGGGGAGGGGGGGGUACAGGAAAUUUUGGGGGGUGGUCCCAACACGGUCGGUGCCGUUUUUUUGUACUUUUGUUUAAAUAAAAUCCGAUUUAUGAAAAAAGGAUUUUUUUUUUUUGGGGAGGGGGUCUCCAGAUUUUGGGGAGGGGUCUCCAGAUUUUGGGGGUUCAACCCAUUUUUUUUCCCUUUUUUUUUUUGAGGGUGGGGGUCUCAGCUUGGCAAAUCCCCUUCCCCAAUUUCAACCCCAAACUCGGUCGUGUUUUUAUAGGAAAUGAUUUUAUUCAGCCCAAAGACCCCUCCCCAAAUUAGGGGGUCCCUCAAAAAGGGGCUCAGGACCCCCCAAAACCCCUCCCCAAAGAGUUCAGGACCCCCCAAAUCUUCACCCUGAGGGGUCCAGGACCCCCCAAACCCCCUCCCCAAAUUUUGGGGUCCCUCAGAAAGGGGCUCAGGACCCCCCAGACCCCCUCCCCAAAUUCUGGGGUCUCUCA